UCACAUACGAGCUGUGGUCCCAGCCCGCCUCCAGCUCGUCAUAUUGGGAUCCGGGAGAAAGACUAUAAAGCAGCCCAACAGGCCAAGAGAGAGAACGAGACAAGACUAAACCAUGAGAGACAACAACACCGGUGUGUCUAUCCUGGAAAUGGCUUUUACCGACUGCGUGAAACCUACUGAGCUGUCAGCAGACAAGAAGGGGAUGAAGAAGAAGAAUUGGAGACACAGAAUAAGGUUUUUGCUGAAGACAAAUUCUUCCCAGUCAGUUUUGCAUCUAAUGAAAAAUCGACCAUACAGGCCUAGUGUUGAUGACGUGAACCAAUGGACACAGUCUCUUGACAAACUACUCAGUCAUAAAUAUGGGAAAGCUGCCUUCCGUAUCUUCCUGAAGUCUGAGUUCUGCGAGGAGAACAUUGAGUUUUGGACAGCGUGUGAGGAUUUCAAGACACUCACGUUGCAAAAAGAUCUGGUGUCAAAGGCCAACAGCAUCUACGAGGAGUUCAUUCAAAGUGAAGCAGCCAAAGAGAUUAACUUGGAUUUUCACACCAAAAAUGCUAUCAUCCAGAGUCUACAUGCACCAACAGCAACCAGCUUUCAGGCAGCCCAGAAGAAAGUUUACAGCCUGAUGGAGAACAACUCGUACCCCAGGUUUAUCCACUCUGACCUCUACAAAGAACUGUAUACACUCGCCAGGGGAGAGGGCAAACACAUAAAGUCCUAAUCAAACCAAACACCCACCCCUAAAGUCCUUUGUUUACCAAUGUGACUGUGAAGAACUGCAAACGCUGUUAAUUCCAGGCACCGGCUCGGGAUAAUGAAGCUGAAUGCAAAUUCCACGCGUAGUGUGCCGCAUGCAAAAAUACUAAACACCAGAGUGAUGCCAAACCCCCCCCACCCUCUGAGUGAUUUCAACCAGGAUGUUGGCAUAAUUCUUUUGGAUACAACAUGAUGCUGAAAGAGGAGCCUAAACCAAAACCAAACUCACCAAUAUGGGAUUAAUGUCACAUUUUCAUCAUUAGGUCAAAAUCAACUCUGUGAUAGCACAAAAACAUUCACAAUAAUAAUUCAGCUUCAAUAUGUUCUAGUGCUAGAUUUAAAGCUGAGACAUUGAAACAGUAACCUCUGAACCUCACAUGAAACCGACAGUAGGAAUGUAUUCCCGGAGAUUAUAUUCACCAGAAGACUUUGUACAGGAGUUACACACUUAUGUAACCAUAGACUGCUGUAUUUGCACCAGUUUACACAAACAAUGGUCUUUUUUAUAUCCAGUUUCCGCUAAAAUCUUUAUUUAUCCUGAAACUACUGUGAUAAUGUAUUAUACUGUAAAUUAUGAGAUACUGUGGUGCGUGUGUAAUGUAAAUGCUGGAGGCAGCUGGACUGCCUGCGAAAUAAAAUAUGAAGUGAAAGAUGAAA